CUAGACUAAUGUACCAUUUACACAGAGUUAGUAGUCCAGAGCAUGUUAAAACUAACUGUAUGCCUCCCAGUAACAUUGGUAUUGUGUUUGGACCUAAUCUACUGCAACAAAGAGAGAUGAUACCUUCACUUGAAUUACUAGCCAACAUGAGCUAUCAAGCAAAAGUUGUAGAAAUAAUGGCUGCUCAUGUUCAUGAUAUAUUUAAUGUGAGUGAGGAGGAGUUGAAACUAUUAGAGAAUGAGUCGAUUGAAGACGAAGGAAAUGAGAGAUUCGUUGGAGAAGAU